CCCGAGACUAUUGGUCUGCCUGGGGGAUUUUCAAGGUUUUUAUGGAUCUUUGGGAGAUGAUAGAAUAAUGGAAUUUUUGGUUUUAUGACAUUAAGAUAUUUAUGCUCCCUAUCGUUUAGUAUUUCUACUUCUUUACCUUUUAACAAUAAGUCAUCAAAUUUCUUUUUUAUUUUGGAAGUUGGAUCAUUUGGCAACUUUUUGUAUGUUUCUAAAUCCUCUACCAAUCUGAGUCGUUCUUGUAAAUAAUCCUCUGUUCGCAUCACUACAAUGCCCCCACCCUUAUCUGCUGGUUUAAUGACAUUAUUUUUAUCUUUCUGAAAUGUUUUAAGUGCUAACCAUUCUUCCUUGUUAAGAUUCAUGUGCUUUUUGUCUCUUGGUUUAAUUUGGUCUAUUUCCUGCAUCACUGCUUUUUCAAAUGCAACCAUCUCUUUAGAUAUGAAGUUAUUUGGAAAAAACGUAGAUUUCUCUUUAAGGUCGGUAUGUUUGUAUUUUGAAAUUGGAGGUUGAUAUAUUGAUUUCUCUGUCCUCAUGAAGCAUUUCUUUAUAUUCAGAAUUACACUUUACAGUUCACCUAAAUGAAAGGAAAUAUUUUGGAUUUAUUUUCAAUGUGUCUGCUGUGCGAUGUUUCUAAUUCCUGCUUUGAACCAUGUCAUUCUUUGGCCUUAAUUUCAGCCAAGCUCCAUGAGGAAAUAGACCGUGUUAUUGGCCAGGACCGCAGCCCAACCAUUGAGGACCGGAGUAAGAUGCCUUACACAGAUGCCGUGAUCCAUGAAAUCCAACGCUUUAGUGAUGUUAUCCCAAUGAAUGCACCUCAUUCAGCAAUAAAGGACACAGAGUUCAGGGGAUACACCAUUCCUAAGGUGGGAUAGUUACAAAGUUCCAUAAAGAAUCUCUCUACGGACCACAACUAGUGUGGUCUGACUUCAUAUGUAGCCCAGUAAUUACUAACACGUUAAUAAAGAAAAGACUUGCUGACUAGAUGUUAGAAUGUUUGUCUAUAGGAAUGUGCUAGACAUAACAGUUGGAAUGUUCAAUAUAAAAGAAUGUGCACACCAUGGUUAGAAUGUUCUUUUUACCUUCUAGGGCACUGGGGUGUGUGCUCUCUUGUGCUCUGUCUUGGAAGACGCCAGCUAUUUUGCUACCCCUCAAAAAUUCAAUUCCAACCACUUUUUGAAUCCUGAUGGGUCCUUCAAGAGAAAUGAUGCCUUCAUGCCUUUUUCUGCAGGUACAAUUGCAAAUCUAUGAGUCUGGUACUAAACUAUUAGAGUAAUAAAAGUCUUCUUCUAACAUCAGACCUCAUCUCACCCUUUCACACUCACACAUGGGUCUCAAUUACAUUGCAGCCAAUAGUUAAUAGCGGCAAUUUAUCAGCUCUCUGUGAGCCUUUUAUUUAAUCAAAACAAUUAUAUUAUCACCAUUAAAGUUUUAUUGAACAAUUUUAUAAGAUACUUAGCAUUGAGCAUAUUGAAUUCAAUGGAAUUUUUCAAUAACAUAAUUCUUGAAAAAUUGCCUUGAAGAUUUUAAGUAAAAAGCUGUCGAUUAUUUUUUUGACCAUUUUACUGCUGGCACCACUUGCAUUAACCUCCAUUGUAUUAAUAGAAUGGUCGUAUUGAUGCCAACAGGCUAUUAUUUGAAAUAUUUUAGCCAUUAAAUAGACAAAAAAAAUUGCAUCUGAAGUGUGUUUAUCAGAUCAUUUUUCUCGAGCAGUCAGCCCAUUUAGCAGGUUUGCCUUUGAGAAUUCCGUCUGACAAAUACACGUAAUCCUCUCAUUGUUUGCUAGUUAUUGUCACCUCAAUAGUGCAUCCGUUGUUCUAUAUCCAAGAAUUCACUUACUACGUCAGAAUGCCACCUCAUUCCUCCAGCUCUACCUAAACCAGAAAGUAAAACUCUUUCUAUCUGGUUAUCUCUUGAUCAUCAAGUCUUAUUUUUUUUUCCAGAGAGGUUUGUGUGGAGCAGGGCAGUGAGAACCCAAUGGAUCUGGAUAAAAAACACAAAAAAAGACAUGUGGGAACACAUGAAACUUACAGAGUUAUUCACUAAAAUAAGAAUUAAGAGUGAAUUGAAAGAGAAUUUAAAAUGUAAGGCUAGAAUUGCAAAAUUGAAAGCAUAGCUGACUAGCAGGAUUUUUAUAGGAAUUUGGUUCCACCAUAUGGUCAUACCAUGUUAAGCCAACCACUACAUCACAGUACCACAAUAUCGGUGGGUCCUACACGACUUUUAGCACAGGGGAUAAGCAUGCUUGUGUGUUUGCAUAAUAUUAUAGUCAGUAGUCUCUGGAGCAAGGACAAGGUAAGUUAAUACAUUUAGGAAUUAGACAAUUUAAAAGGUAUUUGACUACAAUUUCUUUAUAAACCUUCUCAAUGCCUGUCUUUUUGCAGGAAAGAGGAUGUGCCUGGGUGAAGGUUUGGCACGAACAGAACUCUUCCUCUUCCUCACUAUCAUAUUGCAGAACUUCACCUUAACCUCUCAGACGCAGUUUACAGAGUCUGAUAUCACCCCAAGAAUGGCAGGGUUUGCAAAUGUUCCUAUAUCUUACCAAAUGUCAUUUGGGACACGUUAAAAAUACACAAUCCAUAAUGUAAAAUAAACACACCAUUUAAACAUAUGUUAGCAUAAUAAUAUACAGCAAGCCAAGAAGAAGUGGAGAAAUACUAAGAAACAAGAUUCCAUGACUCCAUCAGAUCUAGCCAAAUUCAUUAAUAUCAUUAAACGUCUGAUACGCAGUUUGUUAAUGAUUGUAAAAACAGAUUUACAUUGGUUUACUUGUGUUCCAUGUUAAAUGUCAGCAAUGUAGUUAUUUAUAGAGUAAUAUAAGCCCGUAGGAGAGAGCAGCCUUGUUUUGAGGCCAAAAAUAGUUCUCAAAUCUUUAUUUAAAGGAUAGAAAGUCCAUAAUUAGGGAAUAAUCUCUGAGACCAACAGCUUAUUUACAAGGAAAGGGACUACAGCCCUAUAAUUCCUGAAUAAUAGUAUAAUAUGAUUAAAAAUAAGAAUUUACAUAUUUAGGACCCAUGAAGAGCAAAACUAGGUCCCCUCCUUGAAUAUUAUAAUUAGGACCCCCAUCCACCAACAAUUGGUGUUGACACUAGAUCUUCUCUCCUGAAUAUUAUAAUCAGGACCCCAAACAGACUGGCCAAAUUCAGACUGGAAUUGGUUCUAUUAAAUCUACAAAUUGGCAAUGCGGUCAGAAUUUGGUUAUUUUCUGUACAGAAAACACUUUCUAAUGAAUCAAUACUAUUAUACAGAAUGCAUAAUUCUCUAUGGAUCCGAUAAUCGGGAGAAAAAAAAACAUGAUAAUUUAUAAAGCCUAUCAUAAUAUCAAAGUGUUAAUAUUCAGUAGAGCCAAAAUAUUGUAAAGGCUAUAGAACUGCCUUUCACUUUCAGUUACACCGUCCAUUGAAUAUCACAGAUAAUCUUGUCUACAGUCCCUUAUUGUAGAUAGGUCACCCAUUCCUGUGCUCAAAUGGCAGAAAUGCCAUUAAUUGCAACGUGUCAAUUUGCAAAUGAUUUAAUUUUUUUUUUUAUAUGUACUGUAAGUUGAAUGUACUUUUAAAUAUGUGUGUUUUUCAAUAUAAUUAUGCAACUGAAUACUGGUGCUUCCAUCCACAACUUACCUGUGAGAAUAUGAUUAAUUUUAGAUAAUCUUACUGAUGGAAUGCUGUCACAGCGAGAAACUUGUGGCCCAUUGAGAACUCGCAUUGAUCUUUGUAGAUAUUGUUAAAUACAAUGUCCAUGACAUCCAUUCAAGCACAGGACUGCUGUGUAGAGCAGUGGUAAUGUCUGUAAGACAACCUCAACAGUAAGUCUCCCUUGGGAAGACACCUACCAAUGUAUAUCCACUUGCCUAAAUCCUCAUAGUUUGUAAGCUUGUUUGAGUAGGGGCUUCUUAACCUCUCAGAUAACUCAUUGUUGGUGCUAUGUAGAUGCUGGUAAUAAUAAAGUGCUAUUCUUGUGUAAACUUCAUAAUGUUAGGAUUCUGCUUCAACGCUAACAACAAUUUAAGAGACAAUUUUGCAGAAACAAUAUAAAUACACUUGUUGUUACAUCUUAGAAUGAGUAUGUAUUUUGUAUAUACAUUUUUUCAAGAUGAAAAAGCCCACCAAGAGGGGCGAAACGCGUUGAUUAGGUGAUCCAUCAUCCUGCAUUUUAUCCUGUUUGCUGUUAACACUCUGCAUGACAAGUUUUUAUGCUAACCGUUUCAACGCGUUUCGCCCCUCUUGGUGGGCUUUUUCAAGAUGAAAAAGCCCACCAAGAGGGGCGAAACGCGUUGAUUAGGUGAUCCAUCAUCCUGCAUUUUAUCUUGUUUUGCUGUUAACACUAUGCAUGACAAGUUUUUAUGCCAACCGGAGGCAGAAUUACAAAGAGGAGAACUUUUACUGAAUCCACAGCCAGCCUCAGUGCACGAGGCGAACACUCCUUUCAGCUGCAUACUGGACGGCAUCCUUGAAGCAGAGGAGAGAUAAGACUGCAGGCAGAUAAGCUUUUAUUGUGGUCCUUAGAGAUAAGCACCACAUUUUUCUUCUGUAAGGGUUCCUAUGUUUUAAGACAUUAAAUACAGUAUUGCACUAUAUAUAUUUUCUGUCUUUUUUAAGAGAUUCAAAGUCAAAGAUUGUGUUCCCAAACAACACUGUGGACCUCCUGUCACUUUGGACCUUGCUAUAUAUUUUAUACUGGACUGAGAUACAAUUUAGAUUUUUUGUUACAAUCUUAUUGUUACUAUCAGUUAUAUUGAUACUCUUAACACUGUAUGCUAUUGCUGUUUCUAAUUAUUAUAGAUACAUUUGUUAAGACAUUUACCCCUGAUUAUAUCUAAGGGGAUUAUUCACUAAGCGCUGACAACACAAUAUCUUACAAAAUAAUAAUUUUGAUGAAUGUAUAUCUUAAAUAAACUUUUAAAAUGUUAUUUGAGUUAGUGUUUGCACUGCUGUUGAGUAACUUUAAAUGUACUUGUACUUAAAAUUCUAAUAUUUUAGAAAAACACAAACAGCGAUUUUAGCCAACCAAACACAAAUCGAGGUCUCUACGAAACAUUCAUCUUGGCUUCUAGUAUAAU